AUGCGAACGGCGCUUGGUCCACGACUGAGAUCUCAAACUUGUCUGCGUCUCCGUCUCCCAUCGCCCCGAUCACCUCUCUUCCCACACCAAUGUGUCACAGCUCAACAGGAGUCACUACCUAAUGCUCCAUCACUCCGCGCACACUGCUGCUACUCGACCAACACGUCAGCUGUGCAGAAAUGGCCCCUCCGCGACCUUCGAGACAUCUCUCGAAAGACUCCGCUAAUCUUUCACCUGACCUCCGAUAAUCCCUACUAUAACCUUUCAAUUGAGCACUACAUCCUCGUCAAUUCCGAUCCUGCAUCGCAAAUCCUGUUAUUCUACACCAACCGACCAUGCGUGGUUAUCGGGCGCAAUCAGAACCCGUGGUUGGAGACAGACUUGGGUAGGUUGAAGGCAGGCCGCAGGAUAUCCAAGACCGACAAUGUAAACAAGGACAGUCUAGAUGGCCCUCUCGAUCUGGUGCGGCGACGCAGCGGUGGAGGAACUGUGUUUCACGACGACGGCAACCUGAACUAUAGCGUCACCGUCCCCAACACGGCCAAAUCCUUUACACGGUCGCUUCAUGCCGAAAUGGUCGUCCGGGCUUUAUCACCUCUGGCGGCGCGUCUUGGAUUCACCGAUCUCAAGGUCAAUGACCGCAACGACAUUGUCAUGCGCUCUAAAGAAUCUUCCCCACAAACUUCGGCCUCGCCAACGUGGCUCAAGGUCAGUGGCAGCGCAUACAAGCUCACCAAAGGCCGUGCUCUCCACCAUGGCACGCUCCUGUUCUCAAGCCCAAACCUGUCCAAAAUAUCAUCUCUCCUACGAGGUCCCGGCCACGAUUAUAUUCAAGCCAAAGGCGUGGAGAGCGUGCGCAGCAAAGUCGGCAACCUUGCAUGGACCGACAAUCUCGAUCAACGAGCUCAGACCAAACAAGUCAUUACUGAAGCCAUCUGCACCGAAUUCUGGGACAUGUACGGACUGGACUCCGACCAGACACGGAUUCCACGCCAAGUAGGGUACAACGAAAUCUAUCUCGAUGGAACUGAAGCCGACGAGCGACAGAAUCCAGAUAUCGCAGCUGGAGUUGCCGAAUUAUCCACGCGGGAAUGGACCUUUGACCAGACUCCAAAAUUCGACUUCACCAGUCCUGUGGUCGACGGAGUCCAGAUCAUGUUCCACGCUGAUCGAGGUGGACUGUUACAUCGUAUCUCGCUCCAUCGCACCAAUGGCGAUGCUGACGUAAUCGUGCGUGCUCUCGAUAAGGAUGAGUUGAAGCGACGUCUGACUGAACACCCUGGCCCUAGCCAUGGCAAUGGCAAUAGUGACGCCACACUCGGUCAUGUAUCGCAAUUCGUCCAAGAAGCUGGCCGUAUUCGUACCGUCACUAAUUGGAAGGGACUUCUCAAUGCGUUGUUUGUCGACCCUGCUGUCGAUAACGUCGACAUCUAUAUUCCAGAGGCUUUGAUACAACGUAUCGAAGAGAUCUUCCCAUAUAUAUCCGUCGGCUCUGAGAUGAAAUAG